UCUAUUACAACACCCUGACGUGACAUAAAAAGGCAGGCGCCGGGCCACCCGCCCGCCACACACAGACGCACACCUCGUCCCUGGAGCGCUGGCGAGGCGAGGCCCUCCGCCACAGCCUGCCCCGGUCCGCCCAUGCGCCCGCACCAGCAGCAGGGUCACUUUCUGCAAAUCCACAACAAGAGCUGCUGCGUGUUCCGGGAUGACUUCAUCGCCCACGUCCUGCCGACGGUGCUGGGGCUGGAGUUCGUGCUGGGGCUCCUGGGCAAUGGCCUUGCCCUGUGGAUCUUCUGCUUCCAUCUCAAGUCCUGGAAAUCCAGCCGGAUCUUCCUGUUCAACCUGGCCGUGGCGGACUUUCUCCUGAUCAUCUGCCUGCCCUUCCUGCUGGACAACUACAUGAGGAAGUGGGACUGGAAGUUUGGGGACGUCCCCUGCCGGCUGAUGCUCUUCAUGCUGGCCAUGAACCGCCAGGGCAGCAUCAUCUUCCUCACCGUGGUGGCCGUGGACAGGUACUUCCGCGUGGUCCACCCCCACCACGCGCUGAACAAGAUGUCCAACCGGACGGCGGCCGUCAUCUCCUGCUUCCUGUGGGCCCUGACCAUCGGCCUGACGGUGCACCUGCUGUACAAGAAGAUGCUGAUCCGGAACCGCGACGCCUACUUGUGCAGCAGCUUCAGCAUCUGCUACACCUUCCGGUGGCACGACGCCAUGUUCCUGCUGGAGUUCUUCCUGCCCCUGGGCAUCAUCGUGUUCUGCUCGGUCCGCAUCAUCUGGAGCCUGCGGCAGCGACAGAUGGACCGGCACGCCAAGAUCAAGAGGGCCAUCACCUUCGUCCUGGUGGUGGCCGUGGUCUUCGUCAUCUGCUUCCUGCCCAGCGUGGCUGUGCGCAUGCGCAUCUUCUGGCUGCUGCGCACCCACGGGACGCAGGACUGCGACGUCUACCGUUCGGUGGACCUGGCCUUCUUCAUCACGCUCAGCUUCACCUACAUGAACAGCAUGCUGGACCCGCUGGUGUACUACUUCUCCAGCCCGUCUUUUCCCAACUUCUUCUCUGCCUGGAUCAACCGCUGCCUCCGGAGGAAGGCGCCGGAGGAGCCGGAGAACAACCGCAGCACCAGCGUGGAGCUCACGGGGGACGUGAGCGCGGCCAGGGCCACCCCCAGCGCGCUGAUGGCCGACUGCAAGGAGUCGUGGAGCCCGCCGGAUCCGACGCCGGGCUCUUUAAGUCACCCACCCAAGGAGGGAGACUUCCACCCAGAACCGAGCUCGCUGGGGAAGCAGCUGGGCUGGUGCACACGGUGACAUCAUUGGACUUGGCCUGGGGUUUCCUGGAGCUUCCAGACUCCGAGAAGCUGGCUUAGAGAAGCGGGGUGCGGGGUGGGCCGCUUGGUUGCAGAGCGCCACCCCUGGAAUCUCGGAGGAGCCGGGAAUCAAGUGCCCAGACGCGGGCACCUCCUGCUCCCUCUCGGACACUCGCAGAACUGAGGGCGGCAACCCUGGCCGGGCUUCUGCCGAGAGAAGUUGGAGCCGCACAGACGCCCGUGGGCACCUGUGAUUCACUGGCACCUUCCCCUCAGCUGCCUGACACUUGGAUGGCUCUCACCUCCUGGCGCCGUACCCAGCCUGGUCAGGGCUCCGGCUGAGACAAGGAGAGCUGAGUGCCUGGAGAGGAGUCUCGGCUUCCGGAGGGACCCCAGACACCGUCCGAUAAGCCAGCAGAUCCCCGGCGGUCAGCGGGGUCAGUUCCUCUUUGGCCCGAGCCUGAGCAGGACCGGACUAGACGGGAGGACCCAUGGACUCUGGGGCGUGUCUGGGUCUCCAGUGGUGGUAAGAGGGGGAUCGGCCCCGAGAGGGGUACGGAGCCAAGUUACUGAGGGAAAGGAAAUGGCUUUUGUGUCACAGCCUGUGAUUAAUCCACCCUCUCCUGUUUACACUCGCUUGAAGCUUGAGCGGUUAAAAAGGCUGCAGGGCGAAGAGGUGCUCCCCACCUCUGUUUGCCUUUGUCAUUAAGAGGGAACCGCAGCCCAGCCGCUGCUGAGCGGGGAAGAUGCGUCCCGGUUGGCUCCUUUGCUUGUGCUCCUGUACUCGCAAGAAUCCGCCGCCUCAAUAAAACACGAUGUGGGGCUCACAGCCUGCUGUUGCAUGUGUCUGGGUGAGAGUUCACAGAAGGGGAACUUCUUACUCAAGCGGAGAGCUUUAUGGGUGGGGACCCGUGUCCUGGUAGAAAAAUACUGUCUCCUGUAACGUGAGAAACACCUCGGACACCGAAGGGAAAAUUCCGUGGGCACUGGGGCGGGAUAGGGCAGGGCAGGGGAUAAACACA